AGGACGCGGGGCGCUCGGCGGGCACCAGCCAUGGGGUGUUGUGAGGUGAGGGGAUUGCUCUGGAGAGUCGGCCUCUUCCUCCCCCUGCUGACAGCGCGCCCCGCCGCCGCCGGUCACGUCGCCAGCAACCACGUUGUGUUACUUGAUACUACAGCUGCCCUCGGAGAACUAGGAUGGAAAACAUUUCCUUUAAAUGGGUGGGAUGCCAUAACUGAAAUGGAUGAACACAAUCGUCCCAUUCAUACUUAUCAGGUGUGUAACGUGAUGGAACCAAACCAAAACAACUGGCUUCAAACAAACUGGAUCUCCCGUGAUGCUGCACAGAAAAUUUAUGUGGAAAUGAAGUUUACCCUGAGGGACUGCAACAGUAUUCCAUGGGUACUGGGGACCUGCAAGGAAACUUUCAAUCUCUACUACAUGGAGUCGGAUGAGUCCCAUGGAGUAAAAUUCAAGCCAAACCAGUACACUAAAAUUGAUACUAUUGCAGCUGAUGAGAGCUUUACCCAGAUGGACUUGGGUGACCGCAUUCUUAAACUCAACACGGAAGUUCGUGAGGUUGGGCCAAUAAACAAGAAAGGAUUCUAUCUCGCUUUUCAGGACAUUGGAGCAUGCAUUGCUUUGGUGUCAGUCCGUGUUUAUUACAAGAAGUGCCCUUUCACAGUCCGUAAUUUGGCUAUGUUUCCUGAUACUAUUCCAAGGGUUGAUUCUUCCUCUUUGGUGGAAGUACGAGGCUCCUGUGUGAAGAGUGCUGAGGAGCGUGACACUCCAAAAUUGUAUUGUGGAGCAGAUGGGGAUUGGCUUGUGCCUCUAGGACGAUGCAUCUGCAGUGUAGGAUAUGAAGAAGUUGAUGGUUCCUGCCAUGCUUGCAGGCCUGGAUUCUACAAAGCAUUUGCUGGAAAUGUAAAGUGCUCCAAGUGCCCUCCACACAGUUUGACUUACUUAGAAGCAACUUCUGUCUGUCAGUGUGAGAAAGGUUACUUCAGAGCCGAGAAGGACCCACCAACUAUGGCAUGUACCCGGCCGCCUUCUGCUCCAAGGAAUGUCAUUUUUAACAUUAACGAAACAGCUCUUAUGUUGGAAUGGAGCCCCCCGAGUGAUACCGGAGGAAGAAAAGAUCUCACUUACAGUGUCAUCUGUAAGAAAUGUGGGUCGGAUGCCAGCCAGUGUGAGAUUUGUGGGGGAGGUAUCCGUUUCAUCCCCAGGCACACAGGUCUCAUCAACUCCUCGGUGACAGUGCUUGACUUUGUGGCACACGUGAACUACACCUUUGAAAUAGAAGCCACAAAUGGGGUCUCAGAGCUGAGUUUCUCUCCCAAGCAGUUCACAGCUAUCACGGUUACCACAGACCAAGAUGCACCCUCCUUGAUAGGUAUGGUAAGGAAGGACUGGGCUUCCCAAAACAGCAUUGCCCUCUCCUGGCAAGAGCCGGACUUUCCCCAUGGAGCAAUUCUGGACUACGAGAUCAAGUACUAUGAGAAAGAGCAUGAGCAGCUCAGCUAUUCCUCCACAAGGUCCAAGGCUCCAAGUGUUAUCAUCACAGGUCUCAAGCCAGCCACCAAGUAUAUAUUUCAUAUCAGAGUCAGGACGGCAGCAGGAUACAGCGGCUAUAGCCAGAAGUUUGAAUUUGAAACUGGAGAUGAAACUUCGGAUAUGGCUGCAGAGCAGGGACAGAUUCUUGUAAUCGCCACUGCUGCUGUUGGUGGAUUCACUCUCCUGGUCAUCCUCACUUUGUUCUUCCUGAUCACUGGGAGAUGCCAGUGGUACAUAAAGGCCAAAAUGAAAUCUGAAGAGAAAAGAAGGGCUCAUUUGCAAAACGGACAUUUACGUUUCCCAGGAAUCAAAACAUAUAUUGAUCCAGACACGUAUGAAGACCCAUCUCUUGCUGUCCAUGAGUUUGCAAAGGAGAUAGAUCCUUCAAGAAUUCGUAUUGAGAGAGUUAUUGGGGCAGGUGAGUUUGGAGAAGUAUGCAGUGGACGUCUAAAGACACCAGGAAAAAGAGAGAUACCUGUUGCAAUUAAAACUCUAAAAGGUGGCUAUGUGGACAGGCAAAGAAGAGAUUUCCUGAGAGAGGCUAGUAUCAUGGGACAAUUUGAUCACCCAAAUAUAAUUCGCCUUGAAGGAGUUGUUACAAAAAGAUCCUUUCCGACCAUUGGGGUGAAGUCUCUUUCGAGAUUCCUGAGGGCGGGAUUUUUAAAUAGCAUCCUGGCCUCACAUCCAGUGUCAGGGGGUGGAUCUUUACCCCCCAGCAUUUCCUCUGGCAGACCAGUAAUGAUUGUAGUUGAAUACAUGGAGAAUGGAUCCCUUGACUCCUUUCUGCGGAAGCACGAUGGCCACUUCACGGUCAUCCAGCUGGUUGGCAUGCUGCGGGGGAUCGCAUCUGGCAUGAAGUACCUCUCAGACAUGGGCUACGUACACCGCGAUCUGGCAGCCCGUAACAUCUUGGUCAACAGCAACCUCAUGUGUAAAGUCUCUGAUUUUGGUUUGUCGCGAGUGUUAGAGGACGACCCUGAAGCAGCUUACACAACAAGCGGUGGAAAAAUCCCCAUAAGGUGGACCGCUCCUGAAGCUAUAGCUUACCGGAAGUUCUCUUCGGCAAGCGACGCGUGGAGCUAUGGGAUUGUAAUGUGGGAGGUGAUGUCCUACGGUGAACGGCCAUACUGGGAGAUGUCCAACCAGGAUGUUAUACUGUCUAUUGAAGAAGGCUACAGGCUUCCAGCUCCCAUGGGCUGCCCAGCUUCUCUUCACCAACUAAUGCUUCACUGCUGGCAAAAGGAGAGGAACCACCGUCCAAAAUUUAGUGACAUCGUCAGCUUCCUAGACAAACUGAUCCGCAAUCCGAGCACCCUUCAUACGCUAGUGGAGGACGUACUUGUAAUGCCAGAUUCACCUGGUGAAGUUUCAGAAUAUCCUUUGUUUGUUUCAGUCAGUGACUGGCUGGACUCCAUAAAAAUGGGUCAGUAUAAAAAUAACUUCAUGGCAGCAGGUUUCACAACUUUGGAUAUGGUUUCAAGAAUGAAUAUUGAUGACAUUAGAAGAAUUGGAGUUGUACUCAUUGGACACCAGAGACGAAUAGUCAGCAGUUUACAGACUUUGCGGUUACACAUGAUGCACAUACAGGAGAAAGGAUUUCAUGUAUGAAAGUACUAGAAUCAACUGUGUUUUGUGCCUCAGCAUUUCUAAAAUGGAAAAAUAUUCUCAUUCUUCCCUUCUGCUCUUCCCAACUUCAAGAACUGCAGUCUCCUGUUCAGACUUAAAAAGUACUUCUAUGUUAAUGCUUCCAAACUGGAAUUUUUAAUCACACUGCAUAGCUCCUCCGCCAGUUAUCUGCCGAUCAAAUCCUGUCCUACUGCAAGACUCUUGCUACACAUUGAUGAAUAACUCAGCAUGGAUGUGUAACUUUGUAUAACAGUAUUUGGGAAACUUUCAUGAACUUACUUGAAAGUAGUAAUCUAUUUGGCCUGGUGUGGCUUCUUUAUCGAUGUAUUUAGAGUUUGCUGGUAGAUCAAAAAGUAUUUGACUUCUUUCAUGUUCUGUGACCAUGUAACUUCCAAUACCAAAUGUGCAAUCAAAAAGAAGUUUGACAUAAAUAUUUAUUUUAUCUCUUGAUUAAAUCCAAAUGUAUGGGUCCUACAGUUAUAUUACUUUGUAACAGUUUGAAUGCUGGUAAGCUGGUGCCUCAAAACAUUAGUAUUGUUUGCAGAAAUGACUGAUGAUUUUAUGUAGUGAGUUUUCAGUAUGUGAAUAAUUGGGAGGAUAGUGAGAGAAAUCUGUUCAAAAUCUUAAGGUCCUUGAGUUUGAGUUACUUUAGCACUCGACACUUUUUAUGCUUUAGAUUUGAGAUUAGGUUGGAAAACUUGUUCAUCCUUGGGAUUGUUCACCA